UCGUGGCCAAUGGUACAAAGUGAGUCAGACAUCAGGAAAUCAGUUGAACAUUUUGUUUCCGACUCGUACAUUUUUCUCAUUGCAGGCGCUGUAUCACAGGAAGAAAGGACGCCCCAGCUGUGUGCGGACAUAAAGAGCGUGUCCUGCCCUCGGUUAAAUGGCAGGUUGGCGUCAAAGAGCGAGGACGAAUCCAGGAAGUGGGCGAUAAAGCGAAGAAUGUGAAAAAGGAAAACGAUGUGCUCCACGGAAAACAACGCGGAGCUGCUACCGACAUCGUCAGACCCAGCUCUUAUCCUGGAGCUGAAGACCAGGCGCCCUCCGUCCCUGGUCGGCCGAGCGGGAUGCGAGACCUGGAGCGUCGACUUCUCCCCGGACGGAGCCUGGUUCGCCUGGUCGAUGGGACACGGCAUCGUCUGGGUGGUCGCCUGGCCCCUCGACUCCGAGUGUGCAGUUUUACUAGAAACAGAGGUCAGGUGCAAGUGAAAGGAUUUUCUUUUUCCACUCUGCUCCCUUUGUUCAUCAGAGACAGUCAGAAUGGAGAAACCGACCGAGGUGACAAGAGCUUCAGCUGUGGUCACCCAGUGUGGGGCCUCGCCUUCGGACCAAGACCGAAAUCAGCUGCGGUGGCACAGCCGGCCAAAACAUCAUCAAAAGGGAACAACAGCCUGCUUCUGGCCACAGGCUUGGAGAACGGGGUGAUCAAAAUCUGGAAUGUGUUAACAGGCGAUGCUGUGUUUGAUCUCCAUGGCCACGAAGGAGUUGUGAGGGACCUGGUCUUCCCUCGGAAUGGGACGCUCACGCUCAUAUCGUCUUCUCGAGACAAAACCUUGAGGAUCUGGGACCUGGCUCACAAAGGUAAAAAGGUGCAGGUGCUCUCUGGCCACAAAGACUGGAUCAGCUGCUGCUGCGUGUCGUCAGACUGCAGCAUGAUUGCAUCUGUCGGCAGAUUUGACAGAAUGGUGUGUCUGUGGAGUCUACGGUCGUAUACAUUCAUCAGAAACCUGACAGGAGGGACUCGCAAGACCUUGUACCUCCUGUCUUCCUGUGACUUCUCUCCUGAUGGGGCACUGCUCGCCACUGCAGCCUUCAGCGGCUCCAGUUGGUGGAUCGACCUCUGGGACCCGUACACAGCAGAGAAACUGGCCACUUUGGUUGACUACUUUGAAGAUUACGGGCAAAACCAAAUCUCAGCAAUACAAUUCUCACCCAACGGUUUGCACUUGGCGAUUGUGACUGACGACAGCAGAGCUCUUCGGAUCUGGGAGCCGGGAAAGAAAGGGAUGGUGAUGCAGACCAAAGCAGACCGAGACUCUAAUGGACUCUGCUGCAACUACCAUCCACAAGGGGGAGUGGUCGCCACAGGAACCAGAGACGGCCAUGUGAGAUUCUGGAGGGCGCCCAGGACGGUCCCCAGCCUGUGCCACCUGUGCCGAUCCAUCCUGCGCCAUUCGGUCUCCACACACCAGAUGGAGCCACUGCCCCUCCCCAAGAGGAUCCUGGAGUACCUCACCUACAGAAACAUCCCUGAACGCCUCAGGACAUGCUGCUCCUCAGAGGAAGAGGAGUGGGAAGGGUGAAUAUAUGGACACGAAUUAAAAUAGACAAACAAUGCAACUGGCAUUUACAGCAACUGAUUGCUAAACACCGUCACAUGAUAAAAAUGACUUUGUUUGCUGAGUAAGAGAUGUUUUCACAGCUUGAUUUAGCACAGGAAGCACUUCUUAACGUCAUCUACUUUAGAUGGAUAAAAGAUUUCAUUUAUUGCACUAAUACUGUAAUACAAUGCAUAAACUCGAUGUUCACAUGCUUACGUGACUUGAAUAUCACAAUUUUGUACUUAUAAUUUAUUGUGUAAAUAUCAAAUGUAUAUGCAUUUCUAAUUCCUGUGUUUAUUAUCGUAAAAUAGCACAUGCACCACUACUGUACCUGCACAUAUUAAUUGUUAAUAUAAGAAAAAGUGGACUUAUAGGAAAUAGUUUUAUUAAACAGAUUCAAACAUU